CACAAGCGCUCGGCGGCCCGUCGCCUUACAUACGGCGGCCGAAACAAAAUAUCCCAGGAAACAGCGCGCGAGCCACCACCAAUCUUGUACCCGAGGACGCGCGGCGUGCGCCAUGGCCGCCGUCACCAGUAGCACCGCUUCCCUCUGCCCGGCCGCCGGCCUCCCUUCCUCCUCGUCACCGUCGUCGUCGUUCAGGCGCAAGUCCAGCAGCAGCAGCAACCACGGGAGGAGGCUGCAGACGGCAAUAGCAUGCCACUGCCGCCCUGCUCGGUCCACAACUCUACUUGAAGGAGGGGUGGGCCGGAGGGAGGCCGUGUUCGGCAUCCUCCUCUCCGCCGUGGCCGCGCCGGCGCUCGCUCCGGCGGGUGCCCCGGCGGACGAGGGCACCGAGUUGCAGGAGGGCUUCACCACGUACGAGGAUGAGGCCAACAAGUUCAGCAUUGCGGUUCCACAAGGAUGGCUGAUCGGCGCGGGCGAGUCCAGCGGCAUCAAGUCCGUCACGGCGUUCUACCCCGAGCAGGCCGCCGACUCCAACGUCAGCGUCGCCAUCACCGGGAUCGGGCCGGACUUCACCAGCCUCAAGUCCUUCGGCGACGUCGACGCCUUCGCCGAGGGCCUGGUGAACGGCCUGGACAGGAGCUGGCAGAGGCCGCCGGGGCUCGCCGCGAAGCUCAUCGAUUCCAAGGCUGCGAACGGUCUGUACUACGUGGAGUACACGCUGCAGAACCCCGGCGAGCGGCGGCGGCACAUCCUCUCGGCCAUCGGGAUGGCGUUCAACGGCUGGUACAACCGCCUCUACACCGUGACAGGCCAGUACAUCGACGACGAGGAGUCGGAGAAGUACAGGGCCCAGAUACAGAAGGCUGUUCGAUCGUUCAGGUUGACAUGAGAGGGCUUCGCUCUGUGUAGCAUUCAGAGGUAUGCAGAGAAGAGAUCAAGAGAAGGUGGAUGGAUUGAUGGAACCCAAGUUCAGUAACGAAACUCUUGUGCUUGUAAAUCGACCAACAUGUAUGCGGCGUUCCUUAGGAGAUGCGAUACUCAUUUCUCAAACACUGUAAAAAAUGAGUGAUCAUGUCUUUCAGAGGUGUAACAAGUAAAUCUUCUUUC